GGCGCUCGCGCAAGCUCGCGGCUGCUCCGAGGCGCGCACCGGCGGAGAUCGCAGCUCCGGGUACCUCAGGGACCAGCGGCCGCGAGCGGCCGGCGUUGCAGCCCCGGGGAGCCCGGAGUCUCCAGGUGUGAGAUAGUGGAUGAGCAGCAUUGGCGUAGCAUUCCCAUUGCCUGGGCCUUAUGCUUGAAACUGCUCACUCCAGGUAUGUUAACCAGAUCUUUCAAUCAGAGGAAGAAAUAGUUCUCCUAAGAUGGAAUCUGUGAUUUGGGAAUGUGGUUGAUCAACUUGACAUGUUGGCCAGAUGUGCCCUCUGUAAUAAAAUGAAGAGACAAGAUGAUGUCAUUUUCCCAUAUUGUGAAACCAAAAACAAAUGCCUUUUGUGAGACCAAGCUAACAAAUCUCUGAUGGUGCAGAGUAUUUAACUGUUCGAAGAACUUAACAGUGAAGUACAGGAGUACUUUCAAGCUGAGUCCUGCAGUCAUAUGUUGACCUAGCAUACAUAUUGAGUAGGCCUGACCAUCCAGAUCUCAGCAGAUCCAGGAAGAAUGGCUAGAAGUUGGAUCGUCUUCUACCUUUGGCUGUUGACUGUGCUUGUGGGGCAUAUAGGUGGGCACAGUUUAUUUUCUUGUGAACCUAUUACCUUGAGGAUGUGCCAAGAUUUGCCUUAUAAUUCUACCUUCAUGCCUAAUCUUCUGAAUCAUUAUGACCAACAGACGGCAGCUUUAGCAAUGGAGCCCUUCCACCCUAUGGUAAAUCUGGAUUGUUCUCGAGAUUUCCGGCCAUUUCUUUGUGCACUGUAUGCUCCUAUCUGUAUGGAAUAUGGACGGGUCACCCUUCCCUGUCGCAGGCUGUGUCAGCGGGCCUACAGUGAGUGUUCAAAGCUCAUGGAGAUGUUCGGUGUUCCUUGGCCUGAGGAUAUGGAAUGCAGUAGGUUUCCAGAUUGUGAUGAGCCAUAUCCUCGCCUUGUGGAUCUGAAUUUAGUUGGAGAUCCAACAGAAGGAGCCCCAGUGGCAGUGCAGAGGGACUAUGGUUUUUGGUGUCCUCGAGAGUUGAAAAUUGAUCCCGAUCUUGGUUAUUCUUUUUUGCACGUGCGUGAUUGUUCACCUCCUUGUCCCAACAUGUACUUUAGGAGAGAAGAACUAUCAUUCGCUCGCUAUUUCAUAGGACUGAUUUCAAUCAUUUGCCUCUCUGCCACACUGUUUACUUUUUUAACUUUUUUGAUUGAUGUCACAAGAUUCCGUUAUCCUGAAAGGCCUAUUAUAUUUUAUGCAGUCUGCUACAUGAUGGUGUCGUUAAUUUUCUUCAUUGGGUUUUUGCUUGAGGACCGAGUAGCCUGCAAUGCCUCCAGCCCUGCACAGUAUAAGGCUUCUACCGUGACUCAAGGAUCUCAUAAUAAAGCCUGCACCAUGCUUUUUAUGGUACUCUAUUUUUUCACGAUGGCUGGCAGUGUAUGGUGGGUAAUUCUUACCAUCACAUGGUUUUUAGCAGCGGUGCCAAAGUGGGGUAGUGAAGCUAUUGAGAAGAAAGCACUGCUGUUUCACGCCAGUGCAUGGGGCAUUCCCGGAACUCUGACUAUCAUCCUUUUAGCGAUGAAUAAAAUUGAAGGUGACAAUAUUAGUGGCGUGUGUUUUGUUGGCCUCUACGAUAUUGAUGCAUUAAGAUAUUUUGUUCUUGCCCCUCUCUGCCUGUACGUGGUAGUUGGGGUUUCUCUCCUCUUAGCCGGCAUUAUAUCCCUAAACCGAGUUCGCAUUGAGAUUCCAUUAGAAAAGGAAAACCAAGAUAAAUUAGUGAAGUUUAUGAUCCGGAUUGGUGUUUUCAGCAUUCUGUAUCUCGUACCACUCUUGGUUGUAAUUGGAUGCUACUUUUAUGAGCAAGCUUACCGUGGCAUCUGGGAAACAACAUGGAUACAAGAACGCUGCAGAGAAUAUCACAUUCCAUGUCCAUAUCAGGUUACUCAGAUGAGUCGUCCAGACCUGAUUCUCUUUCUGAUGAAGUACCUGAUGGCUCUCAUAGUUGGUAUUCCUUCAAUUUUUUGGGUUGGAAGCAAAAAGACAUGCUUUGAAUGGGCCAGUUUUUUUCAUGGCCGUAGGAAAAAAGAGAUAGUGAAUGAGAGCCGGCAGGUGCUCCAGGAGCCUGACUUCGCCCAGUCGCUCCUGAGGGACCCAAACACUCCUAUUAUAAGAAAAUCCAGAGGAACAUCCACCCAGGGAACAUCCACACACGCAUCUUCAACUCAGCUGGCUAUGGUGGAUGACCAAAGGAGCAAAGCAGGGAGUGUCCACAGCAAAGUGAGCAGCUACCAUGGCAGCCUCCACCGAUCGCGUGAUGGCAGGUACACCCCCUGCAGCUACCGAGGGAUGGAGGAGAGACUACCUCACGGCAGCAUGUCCCGCCUGACGGACCACUCCCGGCACAGCAGUUCCCACCGGCUGAACGAACAGUCGCGGCACAGCAGCAUCAGAGACCUCAGCAACAAUCCCAUGACUCACAUCACACAUGGCACCAGCAUGAAUCGGGUUAUUGAAGAGGAUGGAACCAGUGCUUAAGGUGUCUUGUCUAAGGUGGAAAAGUCGUGCUACAUGAAAAGCAGAUUCUGUUCUUUGCCUUUGCAUGACUGGUGGCUGUAACUCACUGUUACCCUCCUUUCAGUCAGGUGCAACGUGUGUCCAUCGGGAAGGUAAAUUUUUGCUUUUUAUAUUGAGUCAAACUCGGAACAUCAAGCUAUCCGAAACACUAAGAAUUACAUCACAGAAAUAAUUCUUUCUAGGUUGUGAAGAGAUAAUUAUUUGUCUGGUAAGCAUUUUUAUAAACCCACUUAUUUUAUAUUUAGAAAGAUCCUAAUGUGUGGUGAUUGCUUUGUAGUGAACUUUCGUAUAAGAUGAACUAGUUGUGAGAUAACAUUCUGGUAGCUCUGUUAAUAACACAAAGUUUCAGAAUUAAAGAAAUUUUCUAUGCAAGGUUUAUUUCUCAGAUGAAUAGCAGGUCUUUGUAGUUUUAUUUCCACUAAGUGAAAAGAACUGUUUUUAAACUAUAGGAGAAUUUGAUAAAUCAGCAAGGGUAUUUUCACUAAUAGAAUUUAAGUCAACAGAAGAAUCUGGUUAGUCUCAAAAUUCUGUCAAAAUAUACUUCAUUUGGAGAUAUUCAAGAUUUGGUUUAGCAGUGGAAUAAAAGCGGAGAUGGGCAUUUUCCCCCUGUAAUUGUGUUGGUUUUUUUACUUUUGUAAAUAUUACUUUUACUGGCUGUUUUUAUAACUUAUCCAUUUGCAUGAUGGAAAAAUUUUAGUUUGUAGCCAUCUUUUCCCAGGUUACAUUAUUGAUUCAUAGAAAACUUCAUGUUCAGAUAUGCUGUGAGGCAUGUAAUAAGCAUCACACAUUAUAAGGCUUUUUGUGAUAAUCACAGUUACAAAAUGGCAAAAUAUUUUCUCUGUGUUCGUUGUUGUACUUUUCUACAGUGAUGUCAGUGACCUUGCCAAAGCCACUGUACCCUGGUACCCAGGCCCCUCCUGUAGUGAGCUGGUCGUCUGCUCUUGCAUUGCCAGUAGCCAGUGGGCUGCAACUCUUGCUCCACAUCCCUAAUUUUAGUUUCUGGACCAUCCUUUUUUAAAGCUGAAAUAUAUUCUCUAAGCCAAAAGUGGUGAUUAAUUUGGGUAUUUGAAAAUCAUUGUAGCUAAAUGGAGCAUGAUUAGUCUUGCUAUGCAUAUCUAGUAAUCUUAAAACUAUCAAGUCAAAAAGUUUGAAAUUUUAUCUUGUAAAGUUUAAAUAACUUACAGUGUGGUGGUGAAUUCUAUGAGGCAUGAAACUGAUUAGAAAGAAUAGAAAAUUCCUGGAAAACGUUGGAUGUAUUAUGUAGAAAAUGCAAGUGAUCCUCAACCCCGACUGCAGGUAAGGAUGACUUAAGGAAAGAUAUUAGUUCAAUUUUUAAAAAAGAAAAUGAACUUUCCUGAUGAUUCUAAGUUGCAGCCAGGCCUGAAACCUGUUGUUUUAAACUCACUUGCCCUGCCUGGUGAUGAUCUCAUGGAAUCACACUGAACUACAUGAAAUCUAGCUGGAUUCAAUGAUAUGGUUACAUGUCAUUACUUGAUACACAGUUGUUUUCUACUUUAUUAUUAUAAAGUGCAGAAUUCUCAGCUCUACUCCUAGGGAUUCUUAUUCAAUAAGCCAAAGGUGGUAGGACUUUAAAAUCUAUAUUUAUAAAAAUAACAAGUGAUUCUUACACAGGUAAUCCAGGAAUCACACUUAGAAAAAAUAUUGCAGCCUCUAGGGAGGCCUGGCUCUGCCAUACGCUAGUUUUUGACCUUUAACAAGUAAGCCUCUCUGAGCCUGGGUCUCCUUGUUGAAAAUGAAGAUUGAAGAUAAAUUUCUACUCUACCUACCUCACAAAGUUGACAAAUUAAUAAGGUCAAAUGAAAACAAUCAUGCAAAAGUUCUUUUGAAAACUUUGUAAAGGAUUAUGAAAUAUGAGGGAUUCAGAUUACCAAUGAUCUAAGAGGUUUAUUUGAGGACCAUAGUAGUACAUUUCUUGACUUAGGUUUAGUUUGUGUGUAUAUUUCUCCCUCCCUCUUUUAAGACAAAGGCUACCAAGAAAUUGGGUAUCAGGAAAAAAGUUUUUAUGAGGCAGAAAAAUCAGUUUUCUAAUAGCUAUAAUUUAUUUUUGUAUCAUGUUGAUUCCUUCAAAGUACAUAAAUUCUGACAUUAAUUUUUCCUAAGAUAUAUUUGCACACUUGACCCAAAAUGUUAUACUUUUUACUUGGUCCUUGUCUUCUUGGAACUACAGUUAGCACUCAAAUAGAAAAUUUCUGAAUUCCCUCAUAACUGACAGUAGACUCUUUCUCUGAAGGCCCAAAUUAUAAUUUAUUGAUAAAUAAGUCAAUAAUUCAGGAAGCUUUCUGUCGAUAAUCAUAAGCAUGAAAAACCAAAACAAACAUCCAUAAACAAAAAUAAGCGGUUAAAAUAGAAGUUACCAGUUUGAGCUCAAAGAUGUUGUCAUCCAUCACCAUCUGCAUUGUAUUAUUAACUGCCAAAAUGUUAAUUGGUAUUCUUGUGUAAGUGGGCCAAGUAUAUAAACAGUUAAGUGAAUACUACUAUGAAAACCUUAACUUUAUGCCUCCAGAUUUGAUACAUUUAUUUGUAUCUUCUCUAUUAAACAAAUUGUUGGUAUAUAUGUGAAUGCUAUAUUGACCUUUCAGUAGUAUUUUAAUUUUGUUCUACAAAAUUUAUAUGACAUUAUUAAUUCAUUGUUUUAAGAAACAGUUUGGACUAUAUUAUUGUCAAGCUAGUGUUCAAAUUAAUUUUUCUUUUUAAAGAGACCAUCGAAGGACUAUUGCAAAACAACAAUAUUAAGUCUCAACUGGAUUCAGCCAACUUGAACAAGUCAGGAGAGUUUUAUUGCCAUGUCUUUAACUUUAAUUUGUGUUUAAUGUUUUAUUUGUACAGUUGACAACUAAGGAAACAAUAGUUUUCUCUUGAAAGUUAAUAUAUAAUCUAAAAGUUUUUAAAAAGUACUUUGAUUUCAGUAAUAUUGUUUUAUCCAGGAAUUAGGUAAAAGAUUUAAGACAGUACUGGCUCAAAACAAUAAUUUGUUUCAAAAAACAACCCAACAACCAGCACAGAACUUAGCAUGUAGUAAGGUUUUUAAUAAGUAUUUAAAUUCAUGAACAGCUCACAUCAUGAAACUUUUUUUUUUUUAUAUCGGUACCAGGGAUUGAACUCAUGACCAUGCACUUGCAAAGCAGGCACUUAUGCCACUGAGCUAAAUCCCCAGCCCCACAUCAUGAGACUUAAAUUUAAACUAAGUGAAAUGAGUUAGAAAUGCUUAAAUUACACCAAAUGAAGCUUAUUUCUCCUAGAGUAAUAUUACUGUUUUAAUGAAAGAAAUAUAUGUACAUGUUGCUAAACUUUUAAAUUGGUUUUUAAAAGUGAAUAGUGACUCUCAGAAAUAAGAGAUUAAGCUCUUGUUAGGCUCAUGCUAAGUUAGAGCUCUGUGCACCAUUUAAGUGAAUAAAAUUUCUAGCACACCUUUCUGCUGCUUUUUAAAGCCGAUUUAUAAAAAUUCUUAAGAAUCUUUUCAAAUUAGAAAAAUUCACUGCAUUUUAACCAAUCUCAUCAGAGGUAGUUACUUCCUACCUCCUGGAAAUAACUGAAAUUGUAUCCAUUGUAGAUCAGACUUUAUGGCCAUGAUAUAAGUGUAACUACAAUUUUUGAUGAAACAGCGGAUCAUUGGCUAGAACUUAGAAGACAUUAUUAUACCAAAAUUUCCUUCUGGUGAUUUUUUUAUAUUGCUUUUUGACAUGCCAAAGAUGCAUUUAGGUAUAAUCAUAUUUGAAUGACUUACAUAAUCUAACAUAAUAAAAUUCUACCGGGCUUGGGAAUUUAAGGAUCCAUAAUUAUGAUAUCAAGUGGACUGGUCAUUUAAUUUCUUAUGUUAUGAUUUCUUCAGUAUAAAAUGAGUAGAAGACAAUUUUUGGUCCAAACCUACCUCACUGGAUAUUGUGAGGAUCAAAUGAGAUAACAUUUAUAGUGUUUCAUAACCUAAAAAUUGCUGGACUGGUACUGUUUUUGUUAGAAUUUAGGGUGAUUAUAGAAAACAAGAAUAUGGUCUUCUGUAGUAUUUUGGCAUUUUUUGUUGUUUUGUUUUUGUUUUUGAGACAGGGUCUCACUGUGUAGUGAGGGCUGGCCUCGAACUCACAGAUGCUGGCAUUACAGGCAUUUGCCACCACACCCAGCUGUGGUAUUUACUGUUAGCAGUCACAACAAAAUAGGCAAUUAGACCAAUAUUCAUUUCAUCUAACCCUUAACUCAGUGGCCCUGUUAACCUUCUUUGUUUUAAGGUUUUUUUUCAAGAAUAACUAUUCUUUUGAAUUAUUUUGCUCUGUGUGUGUUACACCAGAGUAUACUCAAAUUUUAUAAGGUUGAAUUUGCAGGUCAUUUCUAACAGAAAUUUGGGGAUCUCCAUUAUACAUUACCUUUUAUAUGGAAUUGUGUAAGUAUAUUAGGUUGGCUCGACUCAAAUUUGUAACAAUAUAAAGAGAAAGCUAGGUCCUAUAACUUUUUUUCUGAGUCCAGUUAACUAUGUUACUUAAUCCUUUCUGGUUAAGAACAAAUUUUGGAAAGGUGAUUACUAUAACUUGUUGAUUUUAAUCAUCAUCAGACUUUAAGUGUUAAAUUAUGGCACUGAGAAUGAAUGUGUAUGUGUAUAUGUGAAUUUUUUUAAAAACCUGUGUUCUGUUUUCACACACAAAGUAUAGCAUUUUUAUAGACCGAAGGUUUACAAAGGAACUCUUGAUUCUUUUAACCUUUUUAUGACUAGUUAAAAUGGGAAAAAGUACAAUAUUUACAUUUAAUUCAGUUUGCUAUGUAGCUAAUAGCAGUUUGCUAUUAGUUAUUCAGCUUCAUACAUUAUUCUUAUGUAAGUUUGAUCUAUUUUAUAUGAAAAAAAUAUGUUGGCAUCUCUAUAGUUUAAUUCUCCUCAUGGGUAUGUGUGCGUGUGUGUGUUGGUUGUGUUCCAGUUACGAGUUUUGGGAAAGGAAGACUAAAUGCCCUUCACCUUCCAUCUGACUAUAAGUCAGUCUCCUGGGGUUUUUCUAACUUUAACCCUAUACUUCUUUAAUGGUCAUGUUGAUACAGGAUUAUACUUUCUUUCAGGAUCCACAGCUUCUAGGAAAGAAAAUGUUAAAAUCUAUCCAGAACCAGUCAUCUUUGUAAGCAUUCUUAUUUUGUUGAUUUGUAAAGAUUUAAUGUAAGUUAAUAAGCAUAUUUCUUACUUGGUGAGCUUUAAUUAAAAAGUAAAAACUUUGUCAUUAUAAAUAUAAAAGAAAGUAAAGUUUUCACUAAUACUUUAAUCAAACCCUAAACCAGUACAAUGUUGCUCCCUGUAAUAUAAACUAAUUCAAUCUACGUAAAUGCAUUGAGGGAUUAUUUCCUUUACAUUAUAUUCUUAAAAUAAGUCACCUUAGUCUGUUGUGUCCUUUAUGGAUAUUUUUAUUGGUUUGAUCCCAUUGUUCAUAAUUUACUCUCCCUUUAAGUACUACACCAGUUUUCUCAUAUAGGGAAAAAAUUUUUUACCUUAUAAUGGUUAAGAAUUUUAAGUCAGUAUUCUAUGAUUCUGCUAGUUAUCAUUAACCAGUAAAGUUAUAUUUUUAAAUUUUUCAAGCUUGUUACAUUUUCUGACAUAUACUUUAAAAGUAAUAGAUAAUAUUAUUAAGUUAGAUAAUUAUUUUAUUAUUUUUAUUACCCUAAGGUUUUUGUCAUGUAACAAACUUACAUAAUUUGUAAAUAUUUCUUUGUAUUAUGCUUAUUGACAUUUUGUUUUUUAACUUAGAGUUUAAUAGUUUCUAUUUUCUAAAUUGGAAAAGGUUUUUAAGGACUGCUAAAAAUACAUGACAUUAUUUUAAAAGUAUACCAAGAUUUUGAGUCAGGUAGCCGUAUAUUUCGUCUUGCCUUUCUUUUCAGUGAGCUAUAUAACUUGGACAAAGCAUUUACCUCUUACAGCCUCUAUUUUCUUGCCUGUAAAUGAAGAGAAUGAAGAAAUCAGAUUAGGUUGUAUCAAAUUUCACCCAGCUCUAAUUUGGUUCUCCUUUGACUAUUUUAUAAUUUUAAUUCUGGGCUACUUUUAUUGUUCUUCCCAUGAACCAUAUUUAUUAGAUUAGUGUGUACUCUUAAUGAAAUUUAGACUUACCUUGAUAGGAUUCAGAUAUGUUAACUUUGUUUUCCAUCUAUGAUCUGAGUAAUUUUUUUAAAAGGAUGAUUAUAUUAGAGAUAAGAAAAGUGAAGAGUUAUAAAUAAUGUCCUUGACCUUUUUUAUGGGAAAAGUCUUUGUAAGCACCUGAAAUUGAUACACAGAAAAGAAAGUCAUAAAACUUGGUGGUCUUUGUUCUCUUACACAAAAAUGUCUCAUCAGCCUGAGCUUUACACAAAUAAACUCACAGAGGUUAGGCUAAAGCAUUUGCUUAGCAUGUGCAAGGCUCUGGGUUUGAUCCUAAGCACUGAAUUCAGGAUAAAAUUAAUGAACAAUUAAGUAAUAACACUGGAGCUCAUUUCUCAUUUUAAAAUGUAAGUUUUGGCCAACAUUAAAAUAAUUAUAAAAUCUGAAAGAAAUUAAUAAAGGAACUGAUAGAAGUUUUCCAUUAUAGUUAUUCUUCAACUGCAUUCUUAUAUUCUUUGAAUAAAUGUAGCUUCUGGGUAGUCAUGGGCAAGUAAAUGUCCUGCUUAAAAUAGUUAGAUAUAAAUUAGUGAGGUUUGUUAUUUUUUCUGGCUAUGCAGGAUGUUUCCAGAAAGGCUCCUCAGUUAUUGUAGAGUAUCGAGAUUCCAUUUAGUUCAUCUUUCAGCAGUAUUCUCUUGCAGGUUAAUAGUGUUCUCUGAAAAAAAAGGCCAAAGAGCUUCAUAUUCCUUUUAAAGAUUAUGGUCUUCACUCUGAUCAUCUACAUUAGCUCAUCUCAAUCUUUUGAACACUCCGGUCUUCAGAUUUACAAUACAGGUUUUGCGUUCGAGGUGUGAUAUAGAGAGAAUAGUACAAAAUUAAAACAGGAAGGUAUAUGAGCUUCUAGUGUGAUAUCUUUAGCUACACUUGUUUCCUUGUCUUAUGUCAUCUCACUGGAUCAUCUAACCCUUCUGGCUCCCAGAUAUUAAAUUAGAUACCACCCUUUUAAUUAGAGAUGCCUAUAUGUUCAUGUCAUAUAACAAUGUUUCAGUAAGGGACAGGCCACAUCUGUAAUGGUCCCAUAAGAUUAUAAUGACCUCAGAGGCUUGUUAGAUUGUGCGUAUACCCAGAGAUACUCACUCAGACAAAAUCGCUUUGCAACACCUUUCUCAGACAGUGUCCACUUUAUAAACAACACGUGACCAUAUUGUCAUGCUAUUGAGAGUGCUCAUAAAGACAACAAAUUUUCCAUUUUCUGGCUUUGCAAGUCUUCAUCGUCAUAUUUGUUAAAUUUGGACCCAAGAUGUGGUUUCUUUGAAUAUUUUCUGGGUUUUGAUAAGAAGAUAUUCUAUAAGAUAAGCCAAGUAAUCAUAGGGUGAUUUAUAUUCAUCUAUCCACCAAUUUCCUAUUUAUCUAGCUACUCCUUCAGUUUUCAGUUUUGAAAAGGAAAUUGACAGGUAUCUUCCCUUAUUCCUGCCUCAGAUAAAUUUUCCUUGAACUAAUCUUGUCAAUGGGGCACAUGAAAUACUUUAUUCCUGACAAGAUCAAUAAAGCAGUUCUUUUUAUAGUAAGCUGAAGUGAAUAGAUACUUGAAAAUAAUAAUGUGUCUUCUUUGUAUGCGAACUUCAAAUUUUAAAACUCAUGAAAAGGACUCUUCUCAUGUAAAAACCUCAAUCUGAAAGUUCUUUGUCAUCAGGUGCUGUUUGUACCAUAGCUGUGAGUUAUCAAGCCAACCCUGAAUGUUUUAUCAUUCAUCUUGUUGUAAUCCUUCCCUUCUCUGGGAUAAUCCUGUUUCAUAUGUCUUUAACACUAACUUCACACAAUUCCUGUUUUUAUUUUCAAUUGUCAAAUCUUUUUUGAGUUCUCAUUGAAGCUUAAGAGUAUUGUACAUAUGAGGGAGUGGUUGCAGUUUGGACAAACACUUUGCAGGAGGAAGAUAUCACUACCACUGUCCUUUCCUCCAACCCUGACAAGAAAAGUUUAUUGACAACUCCAAAGCUAAAUUAAACUUGCUUAUUUUGUUAUUUCAAAUAGCUGUGGAAGCUGUUUCUUUGGACUUAAAAUGUUUAAAUUACAAAAAGACUUUUCUGAACUUCAAUCUGAUAGUAAAUAUAUAUUUAUCUACAGUUAAUAGUGAUCUUCAGUUACUUCACUUUCUGUAAUAUGUCAUACCCAGAGCUCAUGUUUAUUUAAUCUGAGCCAGUUUUUGAGCCUUUUUCUAUUCUGUCUUGGCCUUGCAUAUUAUUGUAUAAGUUAGAUGGGUUGCUGGUCCUCUCUCAGUACGUAACUGUUGUAGAUUACUUGUUUUGUCUGAGAAUCAAGCCAAGGAGGUUCUUACUACAGGAACAUCGUUAAGCAGCAUUUCUGAGCUAUAUGAAAUUGCCAGUUUUAAGUCAAAAAUGACCAAAUGUUAACAAUUUCAUAAUAUGUAGUCAAGAAACAACCAAACAAAAGGUCUUUUAGAAUAUUCAUAUUAAGCUCUCAUCCCAGCUCUUUUUAUUGCCUAUCAGGCUUUAUGAAGGAGACUCUACAGAAAACCAGUCUUUUCAAGAAAAUUCUGCUUUGUCUUAUUGCUAUAAAUUCUUGGGUCUUUAAAAGUACUUUAUCAAAUUAAAGCACUAUCUUUCGCCUUUCAUUAUAUACACCUUUCAUUAAAUCCAUGUAUAGUUUUCAAGCUUAGAUGUUAUCAGAGUAAUCAAAGUACGUAUUAGUCUGUAUCACUUAGAGGCAGAGUAACUCCUUACUUCUAGUGUUGACUCAAAUUUUACUAAGAAUUUUAUCCUCUUGGUAGACAGUCUAUAAAAUAAUGAAUACUAUGUUAUAUAGUCAAGUGUCUAUAAAGUUUCACUUAAACAUUUUCUUUACACUUAUGUUUCAUGGUAUAAGAAUGAAAGUCUGUGAGUAUAAAAAUGCAUAUAAAAAGAUGAAGCUCCUGUUCAAGAAACUCAGUUUUUUGAUCUAGAAAGUUGUUUUAUUAGGUUGUUCCAAACUUAGAUUAUGUCUCCCCAAAUAAAUUAGAUUAUUAUGAAUAAUAAGGAGAACAGCCAACAAAAGCUAAUCUAGUGCAUAGUACACUCUAGAAUUACUGCAGGCAUCUUGUUUCUGGUUCACUUUUUACAGUGGAGAAAGCUAACUUUAAUCUCAAUGAUUGUUCAGUGUACUUCUUCCAAGACAGUGUGUUUAUGAUACUCUGCUCCCUGCCCAUGUGCAUACUGUGUCUGACCUGCUCCUCAACGGAUGCAUCCCCGAAACUUUUCUGUCCACCUCUUGCAUCCCUAAUGUCCGUAUGAGUACUUCCAAACUGACCAUUUCACAUGCUCAGAAGUAGAAAUUUGCUUUAACCCAUUCAUAUUAAAACCUUAAUGACUCUAGCCUUUUAUGUCAGUUAUAGAAAUCUGCAUUUAAAAGCAAACUUGUUGAUGUUGCCCAAAUUAGCCUCAAUGAGCAAAAUAUUGAACUUUAAAACAAAAGUGAAAAUUAUUUUGUUAGUGUUGGUGAGGCUCUUUUGAGGCAAGAAAUACCACAAAGUGACCUAACUUAGAACUCUGCUCCCUUACCCUGAAGCCAUGUGAUAUCUGGAAGUACUGUAUGCUUUCAGUGACCUUGAAGAAGGGAGCGGGUCACUGUAUUUAUGGGUCUUGUGAAAUCAGGCUGCUGAUUCUGUUUUUCUCCUUCAGUAAAGGGAUGUCUGGUGCAUCCCAGAUUUCCCUCAUCAGAGUCUUUUUGUCUGGACUGGGAAUCGAACUCAGGACCUUGUGCUUGUUAGAGACACUUUGUUGCUGAGCUAAAUCCCCGGCCCCUCAUCAAAUAUAAGACUGUGUUUCCAUCUCAUUCUACCUCAGCUCACUGCUAGGUCUCUCUUCCAGCUCUGCUCAUUGGUAGGAAAUUUACAGGUAAAUACCAUCCGUCCUUGUAAAAUUAAGCUCCCAUUUUACUGUAGCCCACAAUUGGUCAAGAGAUGUAAGGGCAGGAAAGAUGAUCCUUCUCACUCUAAAAGAGUAUUAUUUCUAAAUAGCUGGUACUUAGCAAUUUAGUUUUUUUAAACCCUACACUGAAUUAAAUUGCUGAGGUGAUUCAAAAUUGAUUCUGGAAUUUUAAUUUUGCUUUAUCAUAUACACAUCUAGUUAAUGUUUACACUGAAGACUGUAUUUUUGUGGCAUUAGUUCUUCCUGUUCCUUUUUUCUGCAUUUAUCAAGAGUGUUCAUGCAUUUCCAGAUGAGUGGGAACGUUGCCGUUGCUGGGAUCUGAACAGGGCAAGUGCGCUUGGUUAGAGCAUGAAUUGUCCCUCACACAGCCGGGUGUGCUUUGCUCUCUGCUCUUGUAGAUUCAUUUUGUUUACAGUAGACUGAUGUCAGUUUUUGUAAAUGUUUUUUCUUAGCACUUUAACUGUGAGUGUACAAACUUUUAAAUGUAGUGGUUGUAUAUUUUGGUUAUAAACUGGAACUUUUUAAUAAAAUUAAAUAAUUUGUUCUCUUU